AUGGAGAUGCUUUCUAGAAUUGAUCCUCUCGAGAAGAAGAUGCUGAUUUCACUCCUUCUGACGAUGCUCAUAAGCUACAAUAUGAAAAACAGAUCCGCAAUACAUAGUUUUGUGUCAUCUCUAAUAGUCUUGCAAAUUGCAUUCGACCACAAGCACGUACUAUACCUGCUUGCAUCACUUACCUUGAAUAUGAUCCUGCUUAAAUAUGCCUCAGCGUCAAGAUAUUUAUUCACAGUCAUAAACAUAGCAAUCCUGUACAUAUACAAAGUAUUUGGAAUACAUUUUGAACAAAGAAUUUCAGGUGCGUUUGAUAUUUCAGGUGUUUUAAUGUUAAUGACCAUAAAAAUGUCAUAUCUUGGUAAGGAGUAUAAGAAAGACAAAAAUUCGAUUAGAGACGCAUUGUCAUAUGUUCUUUUUAUCCCUGGGCUUCUUAUGGGGCCAGUUCCAACAUUUGAAAGUUUUAUGAAAAACAAAUACGAAAGACCAAAAAAGCUUUUUCAUGGCGCCUUUUUGAAGUCAAUUCUCUUUUUGGUUUUCUUCCAGAUUAUACGAAUCAACAUACCUAAGGAGUACAUCACACAGAAUUUAUUGCCACUACCUAUAAGAUUAAUAUGCCUGUAUCUCUUCACAGUGGGUAACAGGCUAAAAUUCUACUUCGUAUGGUACUUUUCACACGGAUGCUUCAUGUUCCAAAACUUUUCCAGCUUACUGAAUAUCGAUUUCUUUAAGGUAGAGCUGGCAACAGAUGUCAAGGAGUUAAGCAAUUAUUGGAAUAUAUAUGCUGGUGUAUGGUUAAAAGAUUGUUUCUUUAAUCCUAUCAGAGCCAAAUCAACGUUUUGGGCAAGUAUUGCCACAACCACAGUCUCUGCACUAUGGCACGGCAUAAAUCCAUGCUAUCUAAUUAUGUUUCUUUCAAUAACGACAUCAAAUGUUGUUGUGAAAAAUAACAACAUUCUGAUCAGGAAGUUCUGUCCAUCAAUGCUCUGGAUAUUAUCAAGAGUUCAGAUGUUUGUAAUCACCUCGUAUUUUACUCCUUCAUUCUUCUUGCUCAAUCUUUCUGAACUCAUUAGCACAUGGAAAGGCGUAUACUAUAUCGGGCAUGUGUUUCUUGCAUCAAGUCUUAUAUUGCAAGCUAUACUAAAAUCUACCAUUAACCAAGAGUUACAGAAAUGCAAACGCGCAACCAAAAGUUCAACAGCUUGUAAUUAA